AUGGCCGCCAUCCAAUCUCAGAGCAAUGGCCACGAGAGCCCCAAAUUCAACGUUCUCGUUGUCGGGUGCGGCAUCGCAGGUCUAACCACCGCAAUUUCUUGCAGGAAAAAGGGAUUCACUGUCACGGCCCUCGAGGCAUCGUCCUCUUUCAGUUAUGUUGGAGCUGGUAUCAUGCUGUCCGGCAAUGUGACUAACGUCCUCAUUGGCAUGGGCCUAGAAGCCGAAAUGGAGGCUUGCUCAACCCACAUGCAGCGUGUGAUCUUCCUGACAUGGGACGAUGGCAAGGCUAUGACCACCCAGGAGUACCCUGCCCAUGCGAGUCCUGCCGAGGGGGGUCCGUCGUGGCAGGUUCAUCGCGCCGAUGUGCACACAUGCCUCUUGAAAAAGGCCCAGGAAGUGGGUGUCACAAUCAGGAUGGGUGUUUUGGUCAAGAAUUACGACUGGGACGCCCCGGUGGUGGUGCUUGAGGAUGGGACCGUGCUCAAUGCGGAUGUUAUGGUGGCCGCUGAUGGCUACAGAUCUCCUGCGCGAGAGAGUCUCCUCGGCAGAAAGGAUGAGCCUCGUCACUAUGGAUUUUCUGCCUACCGCGCUCUAAUUCCUUCCAAUACGCUUGCUCAACAUCCGGAACUUCGAGAACUGAUCGAUUCCAACCUCCAGUCAAGUUAUUGCCGUCACGUCCUAGGUUAUCCCAUUCGUGGCGGCCAGGAUUACAACGUAGUGUACACUCAACCAUUGAAACGCUCUCUUGGCUCUAAAUAUGUCACCAAAGUGGACCCGGCCGAAGUGCUGGAGGAGUACAAAGACUGGGACCCGCGUGUGGUGGCUUUCACGAAGCACCUGCCCAAAGAUGGCGUUCUGGAAUGGCGUCUCUGCGAUCUCAACCCACUAGAAGACUGGGUUUUCCCCGGCGACAUGAUCGUUCUGAUUGGCGAUGCGUCGCACGCUAUGAUUCCGUCGGCGGCACAGGGUGCAGCCAUGGGAAUUGAGGACGGUGCUGCGAUUGCGGAGUUGCAUGCGCGGGCGGAUACCGAAGCUGACGUGCCGCGGAUAUUGAGGACGUUCCAGAAUUUAAGGAAGCCGCGUUGUAUUAACGUAGUUGAAAACGGUACGAGGGACGCCCGGAGUUGGCAUGACAAGAAGGACCCUACAUAUAAGCCCACGAGUAACUGGGUAUGGGUGUACGAUGUCAAGAAGGCUUCAAGGGACAUCCCUCUGGAAAGGGAAGCUUGA